AUGGGUUACACUGAUCUGGACCAGUUGGCUAUCAACACCAUCCGUGUUCUCGCGGUUGAUGCCACCUCCAAGGCUAACUCCGGUCACCCCGGUGCCCCUAUGGGUAUGGCCCCCGUGGCCCACGUUCUGUUCAACAAGUUCAUGAACUUCAACCCCAAGAACCCUGACUGGGCCAACCGUGAUCGUUUCGUUCUCUCCAACGGACACGGCUGCAUGCUCCAGUAUGCUCUGCUUCACCUCUUCGGAUACGAGCUGUCAAUGGAUGACCUGAAGAACUUCCGUCCCCACCCCGGCCACCCCGAGGCUCACGACACCCCCGGUGUUGAGGUCACCACUGGUCCUCUUGGCCAGGGUUUCGCCAACGCUGUUGGUCUCGCCAUGGCUCAGGCUCACUCCGGUGGUGUCUACAACAAGCCCGGCUUCGAGCUUUUCAACAACUACACCUACAUGUUCUUCGGUGAUGGUUGCGCUAUGGAGGGUAUUGCCAGCGAGGCUGCCUCUAUGGCCGGUCACCUUAAGCUUGGCAACCUGAUUGCCAUCUACGAUGACAACCACAUCUCCAUUGACGGUGACACCAAGUGUGCCUUCACUGAGGAUGUCAUGAAGCGCUUCGAGGCUUACGGCUGGCACACCGAGUGGGUCAAGGAUGGCGACAACGACCUCGCGGGUAUCGAGGCUGCCAUCCGCAAGUGUCAGCAGGUUACUGACAAGCCCUCCGUCAUCAAGCUGACCACCACUAUUGGUUUCGGCUCCAAGCUUGCCGGUACCGGUGGUGUCCACGGCAACCCCCUCAAGGCCGACGAUGCCCAGAGUGUUAAGAAGCUCUUCGGCUUCAACCCCGAGGAGAGCUUCGCUGUUCCCCAGCAGGUUUACGAUAUGUACCACCAGCACGCCGCUGAGGGUGCCGCCAAGGAGCAGGAGUGGAACCAGCUCUUCCAGAAGUACCAGGCUGAGCACAAGACCGAGGGUGCUGACCUCGCUCGCCGUCUUCCGGCAAGCUGCCCGAGGGCUGGGAGAAGAAGCUCCCCGUCUACAAGCCCACUGAUGCUGCCAUCGCUUCCCAACGCCGUUGACUUCCAGCCCCCUGACCUUGGCAUUGGCGAGUGGGCCGGUCGCUACAUCCGCUACGGUGUGCGUGAGCACGCCAUGGCUGCCGUCAUGAACGGUCUCGCUGCCUACGGCACCAUCAUCCCCGCCGGUGGUACUUUCCUGAACUUCGUCUCAUACGCCGCCGGUGCCCUCCGCCUGUCGGCCCUGUCCCGCGUCCGUGUCAUCCACAUCGCUACCCACGACUCCAUCGGUCUGGGUGAGGACGGCCCCACUCACCAGCCUAUUGAGACUCUGGCUCACUUCCGUGCCCUCCCCAACUGCAUGGUCUGGCGUCCCGCUGAUGGCAACGAGACCAGCGCUGCCUACUACUCCGCCAUCACCUCCAAGCACACUCCUACCGUCAUGGCUCUCACCCGCCAGAACCUGCCCCAACUUGAGCUCUCCACCAUUGAGAGCGCCCUGAAGGGUGGCUACGUCGCUGUCGACACCCCUAACGCUGCCGUCACCAUCGUCUCCACUGGUUCUGAGGUCAGCAUCGCCAUUGACGCUGCUACCUACCUCCAGGAGAAGCACGGUGUCGCCGCCCGUGUUGUGUCCAUUCCUUGCUUCGAGGUCUUCGAUGCUCAGUCCAAGGAGUACCGUCUCCAGGUCCUGCCCGAUGGCAUUCCCGUGCUGUCCGUCGAGGCCUGCUCCACUAUGGGUUGGGAGCGCUACUCGCACGAGCAGUUCGGUCUCAACCGCUUCGGUGCUUCCGGUCCCUACAAGCAGGUGUACGCCAAAUUUGAGUUCACCCCCGAGGGCAUCAGCAAGCGUGCUCUUGCCACCAUCGACUUCUACAAGGGCGUCCCCGUGCGCUCGCCCAUUAACCGUGCUUUCCAGCAGAUCCUGGGAGCUAUGGCCCUCUAG